AUGCCAGGAUCUCAAUAUCCCGUUGCCAACCGAGAGACCAACGAGGCUGAUAUGGCAUGCCAGCAGUGCAAGUCUCCCAGGCAGAAGAAGGAGCCACGGCGAAUCCGAGCAGAUCGCACAGUCAACAUCGAUGCUGACGCAUGGGAGGUACUUGCUCUGACCUGUGAUGUGGCAAACUAUGGCGAUUGGGCUGGGAAUGGAAUUAAGUCUAUCCAAGUAUUGAAGGCCUCGCAGAAUAAGAAGGUUCUUCGAUACUCUGCUGGUGCCAUGGGCUUGAAGUUCAGAUUCGAUCUCGCAUGGACGAUGCCUGCAGGCAAGAGCCUCCAUCCCGGACAGAAAGCGCAGGUUACAUUCCGCAAUGUGAGGGCGGCGCAUGGCACCUCAGAGGCAAUGAUGAGAACAAUCUCUGGUGUUUACACCAUCCACAGUACCGCAAAAGGCCAAACUUCUGUUCGAUUCCAGUUCGGGUCUGAGCUGAGCGAUAAGGUUCCUUUCUUCAUUCAGAACACGCUUGCGAGGAUGGUGGUGGACAUAGCUACCGGGGAGCUCAAGAAACAUGCUGAGUCGAAUGAGUUCAAGAUGAAAUUGGCUGCAAAGCAGUCUACACAGUUCCAUGAACAAUUCUUUCGGACGUUUGAGACCCACUUGCAAAAACACAACCCCAUCCCCAAAGUUGUUAACGCCGCAAAGCAGAUUUAUUCCCCUCUGGAAUUGAAGGUGGCUUGA